AAAGUGUGAUUUAUAUUUUUAAAUAAUGUUUCAAUUUUUGUAUUUAUCAUUGUGUUUAUUAAUGUAAUUAAUUAUGGGAUUUUCACUUAUACAUUUAUUUUAGCACAAGUUAAUUUAAUUCUCCCCCAUCCAGAAUUGAGGCUACCCAGAGUGUACAGCAGAGCUAAAUCUUUCUUAUGCAAAUGACAGUAUGCAAAUUAAUGCCAUGGCUGAGUAAUUUUGUUAGGACUUGGAUGCCAUGUGCAUUCCCCAGGGCACUGCUAUUCUAGACUUCGCUGUGUGCAGUCCUGUGUGCAGUCCUGUGUGAGUACAUGUACAUGUACAUGUAUAUACAGUGGUACUGUGUGUACCAGGGCGUGGCCCAUGAUUUAAAAAUCCAGUUUAUCCUGCAAACUGUAAGUUUUAUUUCAUCCUGCUUUAUACAAUAUAAUUCAGUAAUAGAAGUGCAUAACACAGAAAUUAUGAAUAUUUUGGGAGAAUUGUGAUAGUCCAGAAAUGGUGCAUUUUGAAGUUAAUCUUUAGAGAUUGAUGUAUAGAAUUGCCUUUUGUAAUCAAGUUUAUUUUCAUUAAAAUUAAUAUAGUUGAUGAAGUAGGAUAAAUUGUAAGAAUUUUUGAAGAUUUUUAAUGCCAUGUUCAUUCCAGAAAUUUAGCUUGAGCAUGGAGCGAAUGUAAAUUUGAUCAUAAGUCGGUAGGCACUCUAAUUUUCACUGUGAAUUAUGUUUAACCUUUUUUUAAAGGGCUUUUCCCUGUGGGAAUAGUGAAUUCCUAGGUUCUUGGUGAACCAGAUAGCUUGUUCUGUGUGAACAACAGUAAGUCAACUCCCAAGACUAGCUCACGGUCUACCGAGAGAGUCAGGAGGAAGAUUCGGAACCGAGUCCUGUGUGGACCAGGCAUCGAGCCAGAUUCCAAGGCCCGGAGAGGUCACCCAAGUUCCCCAAGCCCGGAGUUCAUCCGCCUUAGUGGGAUCGUCAAAGCGCCGGAGGGAUGUUGUGUGUGUGACUGGUGCUCCAAAUCGACCACCCGUGUCACAAGUGUGAGCUUUGAACACAGCAAGUCCUUCAAAAGGUUUUGAACAGUGACUGUUUAGGGGGGUGAUUGCAUUUGUUUUGGGGUAUUGGAAACGGCCGUAUAACACAUAAUACAGGAUCCUUAUAAUGCCAUGAUAUAGUUGAGUAUCCGUCACUCAAAGUAUAAGUAAUUCAUAUAGUGGCAUAAUUCAAUUGAAAUAAUUUGUACAUAGUAAAUUUCCGUUUGUUUAAUAUAUUUAUUUGUCGUAAUUAAAUAGUAUUUUGUCUUGAUCAUACACAUUUUGCCGUCCGGAGUUUGAUUUUCUGUCCUGCUAAUUUGUCAAAUAUAUCUACUACUGUCCUCCAUGGGAAAAACAGACCCAUGGUGUGACAAAUGGGGGCUUGUCCGGGAAUCGAAUGCGAAUUUUGUCGUUGUGGAUGUGUUGACUGAAAUUAGUAGACAGUAAAAUUUAACCAGGGAAAUACACUAGUUGUAAAUAAGUUGCGUAGGUUCAAGUGGAGUAUAGAGACUCUGUUCAUGGGCUAUUGAUAGGGUCUGUCUCUGAUAUAGAAACCUAUGUCCUCGCCCCUUUGCUUCCUUUACACAGUGUGAUUGCGCUAAAUUGUUGAUCUAUUCAACCAAAGGGGACAAUUGUUCCUAUUGACAGAAGUGAUUUGAUUUUGUUGUGGCUUGUAGACAUUCUCACUCGAAAUUGUUGAUCGGUUCAGAGUUGCGUUGGUGAUCAUUUCGAUAGGGUCGAAUCGCGGACGCUGCGCAAAUACGGAAAGUGUCACGCAGGCGAAGUAUAGAGUGUUCAAUGUCCCAUAUGCAUAACUUGUGUAGUUCUGUACUGUUGAUCACUCUGUUGCUAAUUAACAUGGAGUUUGAGAGUUUUAUCAAGAUAGGACAGGAGAUAGGUCUUGAAGGAAUGGAGCUGGUCCAGUUUGCUCGUGAGCGAGAGCAAUUACAGGAAAAGAAACAGCGGGAACAUUACGAGAGGGAAGAACGCAGAAUUGAACGGGAGGAGAAGCAACAGGUAAGAGAACAUGAACGUGAAAUGAAGGCAUACGAAUUGCGAAUAGUGCAGGAACAUGCCCCUGUUAGUUCCGACCCUGGAGCUUCAAGUACAUUUAGGUACCCUCGAAGCUCGGCGAAAACCCCCAAACUUCCUUGUUUUAAUGAUCAAACAGAUGACAUGGAUGCCUACCUCCGACGAUUUGAACAGUUUGCGGAACUGAACAGUUGGCCUGAAGAAGAGUGGGGCCUGUCACUUAGUGCCCUUCUCAAAGGUAAAGCUUUGGAAGUGUUUUCAAGGUUACCAGUAGAAAAGGCUAAGGAUUUCUCAGAGAUUAAAACUGCUCUUUUGAAUCGUUUCAGACUAACAGAGGAAGGAUUUAGGCUGAAGUUUAGAACAUCAAAGCGGGAAACUGGUGAGCGAUACGCUCAGUUUGCUGACCGGUUGAAAGGAUACGUGGAAAGGUGGGUAGAGUUAGGGAAAAUAGAGAAAUCUUACGAUAAGGUUGUAGACCUUUUUGUUUCUGAACAGAUCCUGGAAGUGGCAGACAAGGACCUCGCACUCCACGUGAAAGAACGGAAGCCGAAGGACCUUGCCGAACUGACGGACAUCGCUGACCACUACAUGGAGGCUCAUGAUUGGUUGAAGAAGAAACCAGAUGUGGUGAGACCAAAAACGCACCCACCUAGGUACCAAUCCCAGACCACAGGUAAGAGUAACAGUCACAAAAGUUCACCCAGUCCAAAUGAAAAUUCACAUGCAAACAGACGAUGUUACAAAUGUGGUAAAACUGGCCAUAUUGCUCAGUACUGUAGAACCAAUCCAGCUAAUGCCCAACCGUCCAGUAAGUCCAACAAAGUUGCAGGUUUGAAGGUGGAAACUGAAAGUAAGGAACCAUCCCAGACUGGAGCUGCCUGCCUGAACAUGACAGUGACGCCGACGGAGGAAGUUGAGAAGACUGAUGUCCCGCAGGCUAGUGACAAGGCAUUUCCAUUCAUCAGUGCUGCAUGUACCAUUGAGCCAUCCAUGCCGGUGAGGAAAGGAGUAGUUGGAGCAAGAGAUCCACAAAGUCCAGAUGAGUCUUGGCAGCCUCCUUCAUCUCAGAGAGUGACAGUGGAGACAGCAACGACCGUGACAGAUGAGAAACCAGGUGGUGCAGUGGAAACUCGUGGUAUGAAGAUUCGGAAGGAGAGGGCUUUCCAACCACUAGUGGUGAUGGAGACUGAUGGGGAGACGGUGUCAAAAGAGGAGAUUUUGUUGGCGCAACAACAGGACCCUACUCUGGCUAAGUUGUGGAAGCAUGUUGACAACCAAGACCCACCCCGUGUGUCUGGUAAGGCUAAUGUUUCGAAAUAUGUCAAGCAUAGAGGUCUGUUGUACAGAGAGUUUCAGUCCCCUAAAGUCGACAGAGGUAGAAUCAUAAAGCAGCUGGUAGUUCCUCAGAAGUAUCGGGGUAAGGUGUUGAAGCUUGCUCAUGACUCCCCUCUAGCUGGUCAUCUAGGUAUCAAGAAGAUGACUGAUAAAUUGUGUUUGAGUUUUUACUGGCCAGGAGUUUCUGGUGAUGUGCAGAGGUACUGCAGGUCAUGCGACAUCUGCCAGCGGACAGUGUCAAAAGGACGAGUUGGAAAGGUGUCACUGGGAGAAAUGCCACUGAUUGAUACCCCCUUCAAGCGUAUAGCCGUUGAUCUGGUGGGACCCAUACAUCCAAUAACCGACCGAGGUAACAGGUAUAUUUUGGUGGUGGUGGAUUAUGCAACGCGGUACCCCGAGGCUGUAGCUCUUCCUCGAAUAGAGUCUGAGAGAGUGGCGGAAGCCUUGCUGGAGGUAUAUUCAAGGUUGGGGAUUCCACAAGAGGUACUGACAGAUAUGGGAACCCAGUUUACAUCUGAGGUCAUGAGGGAAGUGGGAAGACUACUGACGAUCAAGCAGCUCACUACGACCCCCUAUCAUCCCAUUUGCAAUGGCUUAGUUGAGCGAUUUAACGCUACCUUGAAGAAAAUGCUGCGACGGAUGUGUGCAGAAAGGCCAAAGGAUUGGGACAGGUUUCUUCCGGCUUUGUUGUUUGCGUACCGAGAGGCUCCACAAGAAAGCUUAGGAUUUUCUCCCUUUGAGCUGAUGUACGGCAGGUCGGUGAAGGGACCUCUCUCCAUCCUACAGGAUAUCUGGUCAGAGGACACGGUAGAUGAAGACAUCAAAACUACCUACCAGUAUGUUGUUGAUAUGCGUGAGAGAUUGCAGUCUACCUGUGAGCUGGCAAGAGAUGAAUUGGCGAAGGCGUCAAAACGGUACCGGAGGUACUACAAUGCCAAGGCCCGUGAUAGGCGAUUUAGAGCAGGAGACAGGGUUCUUAUUUUGAGACCAACUGAUCACAACAAGCUGUUAAUGCAGUGGACAGGUCCAUACCCGGUAGUGAGACAGGUUGCGAAGCAUGACUACGUGAUUCAGGUAAGAGACAAAGAACGGACCUACCAUGCCAACCUCUUAAAGCUGUACGUGGAACGAGGUCGGUCUGAUGAAGUCACCCAGGUUGAGGUUUUGGCUAUGGCAGGAGUUGGGUUUGUUGUGGAGGAUCCAGAUGAGGAAGAUGGGUUGGAUGAAGCUGUUCUCCCGCCGGUAGAGGCAAAGGAAGACAUGAGUGAUGUUCAUCUUGGGGAAAACUUGGACGAUGCUCAAAGAGCCGAUGUUGAUGAAAUUCUGCAGCGGUACACACCGGUUCUCACUGAUUUGCCAGGUCACAUCGUUGGAAAUGGAGUGCUGAGACCACGACCAGGCAAGGUGGAACAGAUAGUUCAUGCUGCGAGACCGACGCCUCUGAGGUAG